UAAAAUUUAAUCAUAUCAUCGAGUAAUUUAUCAAUUUAUUGCUUGUACUAUAUUAAAAACAAUAAAUUUUAUUCAUUUAAUUUUUUUCCACCUUGGCGAUAAAUCGGUUUUGAAUGAUGUCUUUAUCAGUUCUGUUAAUACUAAUAACCGUUACCGCUGUCACCAACGGAGAUCAUCCAAUAUGGUUAUCUGAUAUAGAAGAAGAAAAUGUCUUUUCCGCUAAAUCGUCCUCAAGAAAUUUAGAAACAGUAUAUAGACUACCAGUAAAUGUGAUACCACUAGACUACGACGUGUACAUUGAUUUAUAUUUUGCUGAGAGAUCGGACAGGCCUUUUAGCUACGAUGGUCGAGAAACGAUUAUUAUACAAGCUGUUGAAGCAAACGUAACUAGCAUAACAUUACAUUCUAAUGUUGACGAGAUAAGUGAAUGUAGAUUAACAAAUAAUGGUGUUGCGGUAGCGGUAAAUGAAAUAAUUUACAAGCCACUGUAUCAUUUCAUGAUAUUAAAUUUGGAAGAACCCUUGAAUGUCGGACAAAAUUACACACUUUUUAUAAGUUAUAUGAGUACUAUGAAUGAAGGUCCUAUGAAAAGAGGAAUCUGGCGAGGUUGGUAUACUGAUAAUAAUGGAAAUGAAAGAGUAUACGCCACGACCCAUUUUCAACCGUAUAAUGCUAGACAGGCAUUUCCAUGUUUUGAUGAGCCUCUUUUUAAAGCUGUUUUCAAAAUUCACUUGUCCAUGCCUAAUAGCUAUACGGGCACGUUUUCUAACACCGGCAUUGAAACCAAAGAAACGUUAAAUAAUACUCGUAUUCGUUACAACUUCUUUGCAACACCUAAGAUGUCCAGUUAUUUGGUAACAUUUUUAGUUAGUGAAACAUUUACGGUUAUAGCUAGUGAUGAAUCUUAUGAACCAGCUAUAAGGAUCAUAGGUAGAUCAAACACUGUUGGUCUCGGUGAUCACGCUUUGGAACUUACAGUGAAAAUGACUGAAUAUUUUAAUGACUAUUUUAAAAUACCGUAUUCGAGUCUUCACCCACAUUUAAUGAAUGAUCAUAUAUCUUCUCCCGAUUGGGCAAGUGCAGGAACUGAAAAUUGGGGGAUGGUUAGCUACAGAGAGUUGUAUUUAAUUAUUGACCCCCGGGAAACCAUUAUGUCCGUUGAACAUUACGCUACAACUCUCGUGUCUCAUGAGCUUGCUCAUAAGUGGUUCGGGAAUUUGAUCACCUGCUUUUGGUGGAGUAACACUUGGAUCAAUGAAGGUUUUGCAAGUUAUUUUGGAUACAUGGCAGCCCAUCAAAUGUUUCCUCAAUAUGAAUUGGACAAACACUUCAAUUCUCGUUAUCUCCAGACAAGCCUCUCAUUUGACUCAGGCGCUUCUACAGUUCCUCUCAAUUACGAAGUAAAUACGCCAGCUCAAGUCACUGGUCACUUUGGUACGAUCAGUUAUUCAAAAGGUGCGGCAGUGUUGAGAAUGCUGAGUAAUAUGAUCAGUCUCAAGACUUUUCAAAAAGCAUGUCGUUACUUUUUAUUGGACAACCAGUAUGAACCAACCGAUCAAUAUCAUUUAUACAAUGCUUUUAAAAAAGCAAUAAAUGAAGACAGGUCUCUAAGUGAAUUCCCUAACUUCAACUUUACCGAUUUUUAUAGAAUUUGGGUUAAUGAACCUGGUUACCCUAUUUUGCUUGUAAAUAUUGAUCGUAGAAAUAGCGAAAUUAGUUUAAGACAAGAGAGAUUUUAUAUUAGUCCAUCAGUUGCUCCAAGUACGUUAAUUUAUCCUAUACCCAUUAAUUACGCCACUAAAUCGACAUCAAACUUCACAAAUUUGAAACCUACGUAUAUGAUGACGUCUAGUCAUGCUGUUUUGAGUGAAGAUGUUGGUGAAGAGUGGGUUAUAUUCAACAUUCAGCAACAUGGACAUUACAGGGUACAUUACGAUGAGAAAACUUGGAAUUUAAUAUCAGAGGCAUUGUUGGCUGACCCUGAUUCAAUUCAUUACCUCAAUAGAGCUCAGGUGGUUGACGAUGUCUUUGCUUUAAUGAGGUCUGAAAGGAUGACAUACAGUUUUGGUUUUAAAAUUUUAAGAUUUUUACGGCACGAAGAAAAUUAUCAUGUUUGGACGGUGGCCAUUAGUGGAUAUACUUGGCUUAGAAACAGAAUGAGAGAGGUUCCGGAGAGUCAAAAAAUUUUUGAUUCACACAUCCUUAGUUACAUGGAUCAUGUUAUUAGUAAAAUUGGUUACGAACCUUCUUCUGACGAAACCACUACAGUCACUUUGUUAAGACAAGAAGCUUUACACUUUGCUUGUAAUAUUGGCUUAGAACAAUGCGUUCAAGACUCCCGUGCUAAAUUCUUAGCUAUGAGAAAUUCAAAUGCUUGGAUUGAUCCAAGAAUUCGACGUCACGUUUAUAUAACGGGUAUUAGAGAAGGAGGACAGGCAGACUUUGAUUUUCUCUUAAACAGAUUCCGAACAUCGAAUUUUGCUAAUGAUCAAUUGGAAAUGCUCAGAGGCUUGGCUGCUACUAAAGAUCAAAAACUUUUAUUUAGAUAUCUCGAAUUGACCUUAAAAAAAGAAGUUCGCGCUCAUGAUAAAGUGAAUUCAUUUAAUUAUGCGCUUCUUGGCAAUAAGGAAAAUGGUGCAGUAGUUUUAGAAUUUGUGAAAAGCAAUAUUGAGGCUGUUAGAAAAGCUUAUGUUGAGGAUUCUCCUGCCACGCCUGUACAUACAGCUCUCGUCAAUCUUGCUGCUUAUCUUGAUGAAUCAGGUUUAACUGACUAUGAGAACUGGCUUCAAAGGGAUCAAUAUAAUUCAAGUCAAUUUAGCCGAGCUAUGGCUGCUAUAAGAUCAGCUCGUAGCAAUAUUGCUUGGGGGAAAACAAACGCUGAAAAGAUUCUUGAUGCUGCUAGAGACGGAGCGUCUGCAAUAAUUGUAUCCACAUUUUUAAUCGCGGCAAUGUUGCUAUUGAGUGUGAAUUUGUUAAAUUGUGCUGCAUUACUUUUGGACACCUGGAAGAUUGUACACUUAUCUUCUAAUAAUUUUUCAGGAAUGGCUUUGUUGUAUAAGCUGGUUUUAUUACCAGCGAUGAUUUCUUUAGUGAAAUCUGAUUUUCCUUUAGAUUUCGAUGAACCGAUCUAUUUUAGUAAUACCGACGAAGAAAUAUAUCGUUUACCUGAAGAUUUGGAUCCCGUUAACAUAUUUUUGGAAAUAACACCUUAUUUUGAAGAUCCAUCGGCAAGCAAGGCGUUUACUUUUGAGGGAUUUGUUUUCUUAACAGUCAAAGCCGUCAGAGACAACAUUUCCACUUUAACUCUGCAUGAAAAUGUAAGAGAUAUUCUAUCAGUAAACAUUACCGACGAGUCUGGUAUAACUCUAGCUAGUUCUUUUAAAAGGAUUCGUGAACAGCAAUUUUUAGAAAUUAGUCUCUUAAAUGGAACAGUGUUGCAAAAAAAUCAAACUUGUAAGAUUGGUAUUUCGUAUAUUGGAAAUAUUAAUGAGACUCCACUUUCUCGUGGAAUGUUUAGAGGAAGUUAUAGAGAUAAUCAGGGGAGGAGACGCUGGUACGCAGGAACCCACUUGCAGCCGACAAAUUCCCGCCAAUUAUUUCCGUGUUUUGAUGAACCAGGGUUUAAAUCAACCUUUGACAUAAUUGUUAAUCGACCAAUUAAUUUUACUGAAACCUUUUCUAAUAUGAGAAUAAAAAGUCAAUCUCGUGUCGGAGAUCGUCAGCAAGAAAUUUUUCAUACGACUCCUAGAAUGUCGGCGUAUUUAGUGUCUAUUCAUAUAAGUGAGGAGUUUGAAGUAAUUGCUGAUAAUAAUAACUAUAAUGCAUCAUACCGCAUUAUUGCUAGACCCAAUGCGAGGGGUCAAGGUAAAUACGCUUUAGAAGUUGGUCCACCCCUAACAAAAUGGUUGGACGAUUAUUUCAAUAUAUCAUAUUAUACAAUGGCAAAUGAUAUAAAAAAUGACCAGAUCGCCUCGCCAGAUUGGGCGUCCGGUGCUACUGAAAAUUGGGGAUUAGUUUCGUAUAGGGAAAUGCGUCUUCUUCAUGAAGAAGGGGAGACAAAUGCUGUCGACAAAAUGACCAUUGGAACUAUAACAGCCCACGAGUUGGCACAUAAAUGGUUUGGUAAUCUUAUUACCUGUAGAUGGUGGGACAAUGUGUGGAUAAAUGAAGGAUUUGCUAGUUAUUUUGAAAAUUUUGCAAUGGAUGGUGUUGAUCCAAGCUUAGAAUUAGCAGAAAAAUUUAUCACAGGAACAGUACAAAGUGCUCUGUCCAGCGAUUCUUCAGCUUCAACCAGGGCGUUGAGACACACUGUAAAUACCCCAGCUCAAGUUACUGGUCACUUUAGUGGUAUAAGUUAUACAAAAGGAGCUGCUUUUCUAUUGAUGCUUAAACAUUUAUUAGGAGAGCCUACUUUUAAAAAAGCACUUAACUAUUUCCUCAUUGAAAGAUCAUAUGAACAAGCACUGCCUUCUGAUCUUUAUAGUGCUUUCCAUAGAGCAGUUAAUGAAGAUGGAAUCAUAGAAAAUUUAAAUAUUACAGCCUUUAUGAACUACUGGGUAGAAGAAAGAGGAUAUCCAAUUCUUGACGUCAAUAUUAAUAUGGAUAAUGGAAUCAUGAUAUUGAAGCAGGAGCGUUUCUUCAUAAGUUCAUCAUCAACACCAACCGAUCAAGUUUGGCCCCUCCCUAUAACUUUUACAACGUCCCGUAAUUCAAAUUUUGACAAUUUAUCUCCAAAAACUGUUAUGCUCAACAAAACAAUCCAGCUCCGUAAGGAUCCGGGAGAGGAAUGGGUUAUAUUUAACUUACAACAAAAAGAUUUUUAUCGUGUCAACUACGAUACUCAUACAUGGGAACUCAUUGCUGCUGCUUUGAAAAAUAAUCGUAAUAGUAUCCACCGAUUAAAUAGAGCUCAGAUUGUCGAUGACGUAUUUGCUUUAAUGAGAUCUGAAAGAUUACCUUUUGACCUUGGCUUUAGGAUUCUUGACUUCCUUAAGGAAGAAACAGAUUAUUAUCCAUGGACACCAGCAAUUACCGGCUUUACCUGGCUUAGAAAUCGUCUUUUACAUCUACCAGAAAAAUUAAAAGAAUUCGAUGAAAUUCUUUCUAGUUUCCUCGAUACAAUCGUUUCUGAUCUGGGGUAUGAUGUUCAUUACGACGAGUCGAUAACAAAAACCUUAAACAGAUUUUACAUUUUGAAUUUUGCCUGUAACAUCGGUCACGUGGGCUGCAUCAAUAAUGCAUUGGCAAAAUUCAAUUCCUUGAGAAGCAGUGGCGUACCUGUCAAUCCGAAUCUUAGAAGGCAUGUCUUUUGCCAAGGUGUAUUACAUGGAGGAUACGAUGAUUGGAAGUUCUUACAGCAAAGGUGGUUUGAUUCCAACAACCAAGCUGAUCAAUUUGCAAUGUUAAGAUCACUUGGAUGUACAAGAAAUAACGAAGCUGUAAAAGAAUACCUUGAAAUGAUCUUGAGCGAUGACUUGAGAGCUCAAGAUAGCAGCAAUGCUUUUACAUUUUUGUUCAUGGGUAACAGAGAAAAUACUAGAUACACCUUAGACUUCAUGAAAGAAAGAUGGGAAGAAGUAAGAAAAAAGGUUGUUCUGCAGACAUGGUUUGGAACAGUCCUGAGUAAUCUAGCUGCUUAUUCAAAUGAAGAGGUUCUUGAAGACAUGGAGCAGUGGUUAACCACUAACCAAGCCAUAAUUCCAAGCGCCCAAACUGGUUUGUCUGCUAUUAAUAGUGCUAGAGCUAACAUGAAAUGGGGAACUGAGAAAGCUGAUGAUAUUGUUAGAGGAGCGCGUGGUUCAUCUGCUAUUGUGCUGCCAGCAACCAUGUUACUGUUAAUGUCAGCAUUGAUAAUCUUAUUAUUGUGA